AUGCGAAAGGGCGUCUUUCCGUACGAGUACGUGGACUGCGCCGAAAAAUUAGAGGAUACUCGCCUACCGCCGUGCGAAUCGUUUUAUAGUUCGUUGACCAGUAAUACGGUAUUCGAGAACGAUUACGCGCACGCUAUCAACGUGUGGCAGCGGUUCGCCAUUUUAACGCUCGGCGAAUACAGCGAUUUGUACUUGAAAACGGAUGUCUUGUUGUUGGUCGACGUAUUCGAAAAUUUCUGCGAUAGCUGUAUCAAUAGUUACGGUCUGGAUCCUGCAUAUUAUUACACUUUACUCGGUUUUACGUGGGACGCGAUGCUCAAGCAUAUGCAUAUAAAGUUCGAAUUGUUAACUGAUAUCGAUAUAGUUAUGUUUAUUGAACGCGGUAUACGCGGCGGCCUGAGCCAAUGUUCGCACAGGUAUGCGCAGGCCAACAAUAAGUACAUGCAGUCGUACGACCCAUCGGAACCUUCGUCGUAUCUCAUGUACUUUGAUGUUAAUAAUUUAUAUGGUUGGGCAAUGUGUCAACCACUGCCCUAUACCGAUUUCCGAUGGGUCGAUGAUACGUCUAACUUCGAGGUGAACGUGAUCGCUCCGGAUUCACCAAAGGGAUACGUACUCGAAGUAGAUCUCGAGUAUCCACGACAUCUCCAUGACGCGCACGCUGACCUGUCAUUCUGUCCAACGCGCGAUAAGCCGCUAGGCAAACGGCAGGAUAAGUUGCUCGCAACUUUGUACGAUAAAAAGCGUUACGUCAUUCAUUACCGCAACUUGCAACAGUGUACGCGUCACGGUCUGCGGAUAAUAACAAUUCAUCGCGUAUUAGAAUCCACGCAAUCUCCAUGGCUCCAUGAUUACAUCGAACUGAAUACGAGAUUCAGGGUGGCCGCAAAAAAUGAUUUCGAAAAAAAUUUAUACAAACUAAUGAACAACGCGGUAUUCAGUAAAACCAUAGAGAAUGUGCGCAAUCACUUCGACGUUAAACUUGUGACGAAAUGGGAUGGACGAUACGGCGCGGAGGCAAUGAUCGCGAAACCAAAUUUCCACAGUCGCAGCGUCUUUUCAUCGAACCUGAUCGCGAUCGAGAUGCGUAAGCUCGAGGUGAAGUUCAACAAACCGAUCUACGCGGAUAUGUGCAUCCUCGACAUAUCCAAGGUCUGUUUGUACGAGUUUCACCACGAGUACAUGGUACCGGUAUAUCACGACAGAUGUAAAGUUAUGUAUACAGACACCGACAGUUUAAUUUAUCAUAUCGAGUGCGAGGACGUGUACGAGCAAAUGAAACGCGACAUUGAGCGAUUUGACACCAGCGAUUACGCAUCCGACAACGUAUAUGGUAUUCCGCUCGCGAAUAAAAAGGUACUAGGUUUAAUGAAAGAUGAGAACAACGGCGCGAUCAUGACGGAAUUCGUGGGGCUCAGAGCGAAAAUGUACGCGUUGAAAGUAGAUAGCAAAAAAGAUACGAAGAAAGCGAAAGGUGUUAAGAGUAAUGUAGUCACAAGAACAAUAACGUUUGACAAUUACAUGCAGUGUUUGAGGGAAAAGAUCGAAAUGACUCGAGAUCAAUCCCGUAUAACAUCGCAGCUGCAUAACGUGUAUACCGUUCGUGAGACGAAAUUCGCUCUGAGUUCGUACAACGAUAAACGCUACGUCAUACCCGAUACGAUCGAUACGCUGCCGUGGGGACAUUUUCAAAUACCAUUAUAA